GUGUCAUUGAACUUCCAGAAGAGGUGGAAUGGAUAAAAUUCAAUGUGGAUAUGAAUGGCUAUUACAUAGUACACUAUGCUGAAGACUGGAAAACGUUGAUUGAUCUGUUGAAAAAAAACCACACUGCUUUGAGUCCUAAAGACAGAGCCAAUUUGAUCAACAAUAUCUUCAACCUUGCAGGUCUAGGAAAAGAGUCUCUGGAAAAGGCCUUUGAGCUGAUUGGUUACCUUAACAAAGAGAACAGCACUGCACCACUCACUCAAGCUUUGUUUCAGCUGAGUCUUAUAUACAGCCUUUUAGAGAAAAAGGGUGAGCAACAACUGGCAGCCCGAGUCAUGCACAGAAUAGAGCACCUGCUUGGAGAUAAAAUUGAUCAACAGCAUUGGACAGAUGAUGGGACCCUGUCUGAACGAGAGCUCCGGUCAACACUGUUAGCUUUUGCCUGCACCCAUGAUAUAAGAAAAUGUAGAGCAACUGCCACUGAGAUGUUUGCGAAGUGGAUGAAAUCUAAUGGAACAAUGAGUCUGCCUAGUGAUGUUAUGAAAGCCAUAUUUACAGCUGGAGCCAAAUCUAGUGAUGGCUGGGAAUUCCUCCUAAAGAUGUACUCCUCUUCAGUUUCUGAAUCAGAGAAAAGCAAAAUUAUUGAAGCCCUGGCCAGCACAGAAGAUAUUAGAAAGCUGAUCUGGUUAAUGCAGAACAGCCUGGAAGGAGAAGUCAUCAGGGCACAGGAGCUUUCACAUAUCAUAGCAACUGUUAGCCAGAGUUUGCAUGGAUAUUUGCUGGCCUGGGACUUUGUCAAAGAGAACUGGGAAAAGCUUACACGAAAGUUUCACCUAGGCUCAUACACUAUCCAGAAUAUCAUCAGCUGGUCAACUUCUCAGUUUGCAACAAAGGUGCAUCUGCUUGAGGUGAAGUCAUUUUUUGAGUCAAAAUCAGAGGAGAGUUCUCAACUGCGUUGUGUAAAAGAGGCACUUGACACAAUUCAGCUCAAUAUCCAGUGGAUGGAUAGGAACUUAGCAAAGCUACAGGAACUGCUGUAGUGUGCAUAAUGCUGUGGUAUAUCAGCCAUUUAGGAGCUCUGUGGGCAAUUGCUGUGUUUCUCUUGCAAAAGCCAGGGUGAAACCAGGCAUCACUGCAACACUGUUUGCACUAUUAAGGAGUCUAGAUAGCUCAGGGCAUGUCUCAGCUAAAUUUUUAUUUUUCUUGGAGCAUUUAUGAGCAAGAUGUAAGUAUUUAUUCUGAAACCGUUUUCAUUUAUAGAUCAAACAUCUGCACAAAUAAUUAAACAUAAUUUUAUAUUUGAAACUUAGGCUGUUUAAUUUAGAGUUGUGUUGUAGUUUCU